CCUGACACACACAAUACAGCGAGAGCUCCUCUCUUCUGCAGAAGCUCUGUGUGUCAGAUGGGUUCUAAAGAUUCAUUUUACUGCUAGACAUUCCUGCAUUUUGCUUUCCAUCUGUGGAUUUUAAUAUAGGGAGAGAAAGCUCCUCCUGAGGCCUUCAGUUUUGAAUCAAACACAAAAGUUAAUAGCAGUGAAGGUCACAGCGGAUUUUAUUUUCACUGCCUCUUGUGUUGCAUUUUUCCUCCCAGAAAUGGUGGGGCACCUACACUUGCAAGCAAUGGAUGAAAGUCUGAAAGGAAAAAAUCGGGAAGGAUUGCUGGACAGUCCAGAUUCUGGCCUACCUCCGAGCCCCAGCCCUCCAUUUUAUUCAAUGUCUCCUGCCCUUCUUGAGGCCAGGGCUGGAGCUGUUGAUGCUUUAGCAGGAACCAGUCACAAAAGGGAAAGUCAUGAUGGAAAACUGUUGCCCUAUCUACUCCUUAAUUCAGAGGUGUCAGAGGUAAGAUCACCUAGAAUGUAUCCCGUAGUCUUUGGUGAGAGUAUUGAAGUGAACCCUGAGACAAGACAAGAAAUACGAUGCAACUCGAAGAUUCGAUAUGAUUCAGACAAGCACUACAGAGACUGCAUUUUCUACUUUCCCAUCCCUACAGUCACCUCUUUCAGUGAGUCAUUCAUUACAGUGCCAAAUUGUACAUGGCGAAACUACAAGUCAGAGGUUCUAUUGGAACCCCGCCAGAAGCCGCUGAGAUUCCAAAGCACUUCAAUUAUUUUUCCCAAGCACACCAAGAGUACUUACCGAACAACUCUGAACUAUAACCUGGGCACUGCCAAAAGAUGGUUUAUGUCAAGCAUACAGCUGGAAUCCUGUGAAGAUGCAAACCCAUGCAUGAUCUACAGUGAAACUCUUUAAUUAUAAUCUCGAAGCUCCAAUGCAUUAAUAACUAAAUAACUUUGCAUAAAAAAGAUCUGAAAAAAUGAAAGACUGAAUCAUGAGUCACUUUGGUGUGGAAAACGGUACUUGAAAUUUUGGUGAAUGGAUUUUUGGGUUUAAAUUGAUACAGCUGUGUGGCUUCCAACAGCUUUUUGAUUUGACUUAACUUGUUCUACUAUGUUUAAAUUUCUUAAUUCUGCAACAGAAAAUGAGUGUUCCUCAUGCAGAAUUUAUUAACUAUGAUUUUUCCUAAAGUGAGUCCCAUUUUUCAGAGAAAUUAACCAAUAUACUCCAAAAAUUGCUGUAAGUGCAGACUUCUUCCCAAGUUGCAAGUGUUUGGGAGCUGGAAUAAAUAGCUGGCGGGGUAAAGCUUCUUGCCAAGAUGUUUGCUUUUUAGACAUAUUUAAAUGCAAUGGGCUUUCUUGGGCAAUGCAAUAUUCGUGUCUAUACUGCAAAAGUCAGAUUUCACCGAGUCCUGAUUCAUUAACUUUGUUAAACUCCUUUUCCUUUCAGCCAGUCAGAAUGCAUUCCAAUUCAUCUUGUGCUAACAUUCUUUAAGGGUAAAUGUCAUAUUUUAUUAAACUGACCUUGUGAUUUUUAAAA